AUGUCCGCGCAAGAUUCCCAGGCUGGUGUCUGGACACAGCAACCCUCGUCUACCGCGAAUCAAAUGUCGACCAAGGACCAGGAAAUCGUGGAAGGGAUGGAGAAGUGGAAAAAUAUCCGGGAGCAGAGACGUGCGGAGCAAGGACUGCCGGUUGAGGAGGUAGAGGUGGAAGAUGCGAAGAAGGAGGAAAAGGAGAAGAGGGCUUCGGAUAAGGCAGCGUGUUGGCUUUGUUGUUUUCAUUGCUCGACUUGUUGUUGA